AUGGAGGGAGUCAUCAAGAGAGGAGAGAAAGGGAGGAUGAGUUAUAAUCAACGAGGAGGGAGAGAAGACAGGGAGGGGGAAAGCAAGCGAUCUACAGCAUGUUUAGGAGAGAGAGAGGCUGAGUAAAGUUUCUUACCCGGUUACAACAUUUUCCUCGCGCACAGCUGAUCCUCAACACCAAUACAUUCGCGAGCAUCGCUAGGAGGAACUCAAGGUGUGGUCAUCAUGUUGGGGGUGUGUCUGUCCGUCCUGUUGCUCCUCCCCCUGGCCACGUCCAUCCCCUCCACCUCCAGACCUCCCCCAAGACUAUGCAGACGAUGCUGCGACCCCCUGCAGCCCCCAGAAUCCUCUGCUGCACACCAUGCCCACCACGCCGCCGCCACGCCAGAGGUCCACACCUACAUCAACAUGACCAUACUCAAAGGUGAUAAAGGUGACAGAGGAGAUAAAGGCAUGCCAGGGAAAAAUGGUAAAGAAGGUCCCCAAGGUUACCGGGGUCCCAUGGGUCCUCAAGGGACUAAGGGCCAGGCGGGCGCCCCGGGAGAUGCCUGUAAGACACAGCACUCCUCCUUCUCUGUAGGGAGACGUAAAUCCCUCCACAGUAUAGACUACUACCAGGCCCUGGUGUUUGACACGGUGUUCGUCAACCUCUACGAGCACUUCAACAUGUUCAAAGGUAAAUUCUACUGCUUCGUCCCAGGUAUCUACUUCUUCAACGUGAACAUCCACACGUGGAACUUCAAGGAGACCUACCUCCACCUGAUGCACAACGAUAAGGAGCAGGUGAUCCUGUACGCCCAGCCCAGUGAGAGGUCCAUCAUGCAGAGUCAGAGUGUGAUGAUGGACCUGGCGCUGAACGACGAGGUCUGGGUCAGGCUCUACAAGAGGGAGAGGGAGAACGCCGUCUAUAGUGAUGACGUGGACGUCUAUAUUACCUUUAAUGGAUACCUGGUGGCGCCUAGUGUCCAGUGAUCAGAGUGGAGGGGGAGGAAACUCUGUGUUGGAUUUUGGUCGUUUUAUCAUGCCAAGAGAGAGAGGGAACUUGCGCCAGUGUUGGAUUUUUGAUUUUGCUUGUGCCUAUAUUGCCUUCAGUGCUCACCAAAUUCAAAUGUAAUCUGGUUUGAUUUUGGUUGUCCGUUUGCAGUGCCUUCAGUUCUCACCAAAUGGACAUUUUAGUUGUUCCUUUGUAGUGCCUUCAGUUCUCACCAAAUGGACAUUUUAGUUGUUCCUUUGCAGUGCCUUCAGUUCUCACCAAAUGGACAUUUUAGUUGUUCCUUUGUAGUGCCUUCAGUUCUCACCAAAUGGAAACUCUGGGUUGAUUUUGAUUGUUCCUUUUUGGUGCUUUCAGUGCUCACCAAAUGGAAACUCUGGGUUGGAUUUUGUUUGUUCUUCCGUUGCUCCUAAAGCAGCCAAUGAUACAAAUGACCUGCGCACACGUUUUCCUCUGCCUCACGAUGUAUUCCUCUCAGGUACUUUGAAUGGGGAGGAUUGUGGGCAGUGUUGUGCAGUGUUGCAGUGUUGUGUAGUCCCAGUGAGAAAAUUUGGUUGAAAUUACAGAACUUUUUAAGCUUUUCAACGUCUUUUCAACAUAUUAUUUUGACCCCCAAAAAAAUUCAAUGUCUUUUCAAUGUCUUUUGCUCAUAGGGUGGUUUUGGGACUAGACUUGAAUGGACCCUGCAUUGAACUGUUGCUAAGGUGACCUCAAGGCUUUAAAAGUGAAAAAGGAGAUCAUGCCAUAUCAAAUGAAUAUAUAGAAAUUGUUGAGUAAGUAAUGCAAGAUUGUAUUGAUAUAUACAGUGCCUUGCGAAAGUAUUCGGCCCCCUUGAACUUUGCGACCUUUUGCCACAUUUCAGGCUUCAAACAUAAAGAUAUAAAACUGUAUUUUUUUGUGAAGAAUCAACAACAAGUGGGACACAAUCAUGAAGUGGAACGACAUUUAUUGGAUAUUUCAAACGUUUUUAACAAAUCAAAAACUGAAAAAUUGGGCGUGCAAAAUUAUUCAGCCCCUUUACUUUCAGUGCAGCAAACUCUCUCCAGAAGUUCAGUGAGGAUCUCUGAAUGAUCCAAUGUUGACCUAAAUGACUAAUGAUGAUAAAUACAAUCCACCUGUGUGUAAUCAAGUCUCCGUAUAAAUGCACCUGCACUGUGAUAGUCUCAGAGGUCCGUUAAAAGCGCAGAGAGCAUCAUGAAGAACAAGGAACACACCAGGCAGGUCCGAGAUACUGUUGUGAAGAAGUUUAAAGCCGGAUUUGGAUACAAAAAGAUUUCCCAAGCUUUAAACAUCCCAAGGAGCACUGUGCAAGCGAUAAUAUUGAAAUGGAAGGAGUAUCAGACCACUGCAAAUCUACCAAGACCUGGCCGUCCCUCUAAACUUUCAGCUCAUACAAGGAGAAGACUGAUCAGAGAUGCAGCCAAGAGGCCCAUGAUCACUCUGGAUGAACUGCAGAGAUCUACAGCUGAGGUGGGAGACUCUGUCCAUAGGACAACAAUCAGUCGUAUAUUGCACAAAUCUGGCCUUUAUGGAAGAGUGGCAAGAAGAAAGCCAUUUCUUAAAGAUAUCCAUAAAAAGUGUUGUUUAAAGUUUGCCACAAGCCACCUGGGAGACACACCAAACAUGUGGAAGAAGGUGCUCUGGUCAGAUGAAACCAAAAUUGAACUUUUUGGCAACAAUGCAAAACGUUAUGUUUGGCGUAAAAGCAACACCCUGAACACACCAUCCCCACUGUCAAACAUGGUGGUGGCAGCAUCAUGGUUUGGGCCUGCUUUUCUUCAGCAGGGACAGGGAAGAUGGUUAAAAUUGAUGGGAAGAUUGAUGGAGCCAAAUACAGGACCAUUCUGGAAGAAAACCUGAUGGAGUCUGCAAAAGACCUGAGACUGGGACGGAGAUUUGUCUUCCAACAAGACAAUGAUCCAAAACAUAAAGCAAAAUCUACAAUGGAAUGGUUCAAAAAUAAACAUAUCCAGGUGUUAGAAUGGCCAAGUCAAAGUCCAGACCUGAAUCCAAUCGAGAAUCUGUGGAAAGAACUGAAAACUGCUGUUCACAAAUGCUCUCCAUCCAACCUCACUGAGCUCGAGCUGUUUUGCAAGGAGGAAUGGGAAAAAAAUUCAGUCUCUCGAUGUGCAAAACUGAUAGAGACAUACCCCAAGCGACUUACAGCUGUAAUCGCAGCAAAAGGUGGCGCUACAAAGUAUUAACUUAAGGGGGCUGAAUAAUUUUGCACGCCCAAUUUUUCAGUUUUUGAUUUGUUAAAAAAGUUUGAAAUAUCCAAUAAAUGUCGUUCCACUUCAUGAUUGUGUCCCACUUGUUGUUGAUUCUUCACAAAAAAAUACAGUUUUAUAUCUUUAUGUUUGAAGCCUGAAAUGUGGCAAAAGGUCGCAAAGUUCAAGGGGGCCGAAUACUUUCGCAAGGCACUGUAUAUUGAUAACUCAGUGUUGUGUGUUUUUAUAGAGAUUUACUUUAAGCUGCAGAGCAGCUUGUAACAUGUAAAUAUUUGUAUAGAUUUUUGUUACCUAAAACGUUUUAUCACUUGUCUGGGUGCCAGUUGGUCUGUUGUUGUCACGUCCUGAACACAAUACGGUACUGUUGCUGAAUGCACUUUGAAAAGGUUCUGCAUCCAGGCUGGGCUUACCCUAACCCGAUACCACCAAAACCUGAAAGUACUGAAUUCCAUUGUAUCAAUACAACACAUACUGUAUCAGAAAAAUAUAAACCAAACAAUCAUUUGUAAAAACCCAUUCAAACUAGAAGCCCAUUCUAAACCAGACCUUCUAGAACCAUUACUCCCCCAUUGUCAGUUGAGCAGGUUGAACAGAUGCAUUCUAUCUUUCACCUAGAGGUUAAAGGUCAAACCCUGACCCCCUGACCCCUGCCUGUUUCCCACCAUUAGAGUACACAACCCCUCAUUACUGUCAAGAUUUGAAUAUGUCCUAGUAUUGCAAUACAUGGGGAAUAGGGUGCCAAAAGUAGUGCACUAUAUAGGGAAUAUAAGGUGUGUCCUAGUAUGUCAUAGUAGUGCACUAUAUAGGGAAUAUAAGGUGUGUCCUAGUAUGUCAUAGUAGUGCACUAUAUAGGGAAUAUAAGGUGUGUCCUAGUAUGUCAUAGUAGUGCACUAUAUAGGGAAUAUAAGGUGUGUCCUAGUAUGUCAUAGUAGUGCACUAUAUAGGGAAUAUAAGGUGUGUCCUAGUAUGUCAUAGUAGUGCACUAUAUAGGGAAUAUAAGGUGUGUCCUAGUAUGUCAUAGUAGUGUACUAUGUAGGGAAUACGGGUGCAGUCUGGGAUUAUCAGUUUUGUUUGACAGCUCCAAUGAAAAACCCAACUAAAAGCUAAAGAGAGGAAAGACAACAACAUGUGGGUUGGAUGGUGAUGGUUGAAUUGGUUGCCAGAUGGACGACCAUAUCUCUCCUAUUACUGCUAAUUCUGUCCUCAGUCCACAGGGACUGGGGCUAAACUGGAGAUAGAGGAGAGACCAGCUGGUGUAUUAGGCCAUGACUACAUAGCGUUGUAGCCAAUUAGAAUAGGCUUUACUGGUGUAGUUCCCUAGGCAAUAGCUCCGUAGCCAAUUAGAAGAGGCUUUAGUGGUGUCAUUCCCUAGUCAAUAGCUCUGUAGCCAAUUAGAAUAGGCUUUGCUGGUGUAGUUCCCUAGGCAAUAGCUCCGUAGCCAAUUAGAAGAGGCUUUAGUGGUGUCAUUCCCUAGUCAAUAGCUCUGUAGCCAAUUAGAAUAGGCUUUGCUGGUGUAGUUCCCUAGGCAAUAGCUCCGUAGCCAAUUAGAAGAGGCUUUAGUGGUGUAAUUCCCUAGUCAAUAGCUCCGUAGCCAAUUAGAAGAGGCUUUAGUGGUGUAAUUCCCUAGUCAAUAGCUCCGUAGCCAAUUAGAAGAGGCUUUAGUGGUGUAAUUCCCUAGUCAAUAGCUCCGUAGCCAAUGUAAUAGCGUACCAUAGGGAUGUACAUCCUAUGGCUGUUGUACUGUGAGUACCUAUUUCCUGGAUAUCACUCAAAACCAAGAGCAGAAGUUGACACAGUUGGUUUGCUGAACCCAGGAGGCAGAACAGCAGAAAGCAUUGUGGGUUGGGUUAUUAGCAUUUACUCUGUGCCCCAAAACACAGCCAUUUAUAACCUCGCUCAAACAAUGGCUCUGUUUCCUACGCACCUCUACGAAUGCAGAUGCACUUUCAAGGAGUCCUCUGAGAGUUGUUGGUAGACGGCCUCUCUAAAACUAGCCUGGUCCCAGAUCAGUUUGUGCUGUUUGGCAUGACAAUGACCCUUGCGAGACAGUACAAACAGGUCUGGAACCAGGCUACAGUAAAAGUGAAAAGCAGCAGAACUCCUGUUCCUUCCUGGAUGCAUUUUAUUAGUUCUAUUAGACGGUUGUGUAGUUCUCUUGUAUUUAGCAGCACUUAGAGCCGUUUAUACCCUCAUUAAAGACAUGGACCCAGUUCAUAGUAACGACUCCAUCUGAGGUAAACAGUAAAGCUUUGAAUCGCCCCACUAUCCUAUAAACACCAUGCUCUAUAAAAUGAGCCAUAAAGUAAGUUGUGGUGUUAUGUUACCUGUGAAAGAGUGUUGAUAAAACUCCUGCAGUUACUGCUGUUAGAGUUCAAGGUUUAGAUGGGAGGGCGGCUGGGAGCAGUUGGUAUGACAGGCUAUGACAGGUUAUGACGUAUAUUAUCUCAUGCUCAUGGCAUGUUUACAAGACAGGUUUCUGGAGAAGGGUUCAAGAGGAGAGUUAGCGAGAGUUUUCAAUGACAUCAAUGACGUCCGAUUUCCCCCUGCGUCAAAGUCAGCCACAGCUUCCUCUCUAACACCCUCGCUAUCUCUCUAACACCCUCGCUAUCUCUCUCCCUCUAACACCCUCGCUAUCUCUCUCUCUCUCUCCCGCUCUGUCUCUCUCUCCCUCUAACACCCUCGCUAUCUCUCUCUCUCCUCCUCUCUCUCUCUUGCUCUCUCUCCCUCUAACACCCUCGCUAUCUCUCUCCCUCUCUGUCUCUCUCUCCCUCUAACACCCUCGCUAUCUCUCUCUCUCUCUCCCUCUCUGUCUCUCUCUCCCUCUAACACCCUCGCUAUCUCUCUCUCCAUCUCUGUCUCUCUCUCCCUCUAACACUCUACUCCCUCUCUUGCUCUCUCUCCUCUCUCUGUCUCUCUCUGUCUCUCCCUGACCUCCCUCUUUUGCUCUCUCUCUCCCUCUCUCUCUCAUCCUCUGUCCGUCCGUCCCUCUCUCUCUCUCUCGGGGCUGUUUUUCUUUAAGUCAGUAACAGGAAGCUAAUGACAACCAGACCUCUGACUGACCGAACUACCCUGAGAGAAGGGGAAAGAGGGGGAGAAGGAGACAGAGAGGGAGAGGAGAAUAGUAGAGAGGACAGAAAAAUAGGGAGCGAAAAGGGGUAAAAGGAGAGGGAGAGGGGUAAGGGGUAAAAGGAGAGGGAAAGAAGGAGGAUGAGAGAAAGGGAGAAAAGGGGUGAAUGGAAGAGAGAGAGAGGAGACUGCAUUCUCAUGAGAGAGAAGGAGAGAGGGAAAAAGAAAGGGUAAGGCAGAAAGUCUCUGAGAAUGUAUCCCAGAUGGGAGAGUGGGGUCACGACCCCUCAAGUUAGGACAUCUCUAAGAUCGUCCCUUUCUAGUGUAAACUAACGAACUAACUAACUAAUGUAAACAUUACAGUAGAGUAGCAUGAACUGAGGAAGAGCUGCCGACUCCUGUAAAACAGCGUUGUUUUUCCUGUGGGAACAUUCUCUGGCCUAAAGUAAACCAGAUAUAUGUAAAUGUGAUCCUCCUUUCAGACACAGUAUAUUAGUAAGAGCUGCAUGAUAACAACCACUAACGUACAGUAACAGCAGCACAUCUUAUUGUGUGGGAGGAGAAAGGACCUGGGGUUUUCUAAAGCUUCUCCCCCCUGAGGUUGAGCUGAGUGAAGCUUUCUUGGCUCUCCUGCUCUCUUUGUGUGUUUGGCGUGCCCGCACGUGUGUGUGUGUGUGUGUGAGGCUUUCUUGGCAGGCUUGUUGGAUGUAGGGAUUUUACCUACCGCGCUUAAGAGGCUGUUGCCAACACAAACACACACAGAGAGGGCCUGAAAGGAGAGAGAGAGAGCGAGAGGAAAGAGGAGAGAGAGAGAGAGAGCGAGAGAGGAAGGACUAGAAAUAGAGGUUGAGUAAUGGUAUGCAUGUAUCAGGGACUUAAUCACACAGGGUCAAAGGCAGGGGGUAACACAGCACUGGUUUCUACCUCCAACCAAGCUGUAGUGUUUGUCUAUUCCCCUCACUGUGUUACACAGUAUAACCCAGUUCCAGUUUGUUAAAGGGAAAGGCUGCCUACUCAGUGUAUCAGAGGGAUAGUUUAAACAGCUGGUUUAAUGGAAGGACCAGUUGUCAGUGUUCCAGGAGUUAUACAGGUGCAGUCACACACAGACCUUUAACAAGUUUCUCCACUAUACUCAACACCUAGUGACUUUAUGUUGAUGUUCUAUACACUAACAUCCUCACACACACCACAGAUGCCCUCAUUACCAUAUUUAGCACACUCUCUCUCUCUUUAACUCUCUCUCCUCUCUCCUCUCUCUCUCUCUCUCCUCUCUCUCUCUCUCUCUCUCUCGGUCUCUCUCUGUCUCUCUCUCUCUCUCUCUCUCUGUGUCUCUCUCUGUCUCCUCUCUCUCUCUCCUCUCUCUCCUCUCUCUCUCCUGUCUCUCUCUGUCUCUCUCCUCUCUCUCUCUCUCUCUCUCUCUCUCUCUCUCUCUCUCUCUGUGUCUCUCUCUGUGUCUCUCUGUGUCUCUCUCUGUGUCUCUCUCUGUGUCUCUCUCUGUGUCUCUCUCUGUGUCUCUCUCUGUGUUUCUCUGUCUCUCUCUCUCACUCUCAAUUCAAUCCAAGGGGCUUUAUUGUCAUGGGAAACAUGUUUACAUUGCCAAAGCAAGUGAAAUGGAUAAACAAAAGUGAAAUAAACAAUAAAAAGUGAACAGUAAAUAUUA